AUGCGUUUCGUAGCAGUUCUUUUAAUCAUAGGAUUUGUAUCCUACAAUGUUUCGGCUAAGCCAUACAGCUCUGAAGAAGAUAUUUCUCUCUUAAGCUCACCCGAAUCUUUAUCUUUAUCCGAAGAAUCUGUAGAUUCUUUUGAUGUGAGAAAGAAACGUGAUGCUUCCGAGAGUGUUUCAUCCUCAGAAAAGUCAUCAGAAUCAGAAUCUGUGGACAGAAGGAAACGUAGUGCUUCAUCUGAAUCAUCAGAAUCUUUGGAAUCAUCUGAGUCUUCUCAGUCGAAUGAAAGAAGAAAGCGUAGUGCUUCAUCGGAAUCCUCAGAGUCUUCUGAAUCAUCAGAGUCCAAAUCUUCAGAGUCCAAAUCUUCAGAGUCCAAAUCAUCAGAAUCUAAUUCAUCAGCAUCCAAAUCAUCGAAUUUUGAAAAAGAUGAAGAAGCCGAAACUGAUAAGGAAUCCGGUUCUAAUGAAGAAUCUGAAGCUGAUAAAGAAUCCGAUGAAGAGGAAAAAUCUGAAGCUGACAUAGAAUCCGACGAAGAGAACAAAUCUGAUGCUGAUAAAGAAUCCGAUGAAGAGGAAAAAUCUGAAGCUGACAAAGAAUCCGAUGAAGAGGAAAAAUCUGAAGCUGACAUAGAAUCCAACGAAGAGAACAAAUCUGAUGCUGAUAAAGAAUCCGAUGAAGAGGAAAAAUCUGAAGCUGACAAAGAAUCCGAUGAAGAGGCAAAAUCUGAAGCUGAUAAAGAAUCCGAUGAAGAGAACAAAUCUGAAGCUGAUAAAGAAUCCGAUGCUGACGAAGAAACCGAAGCUGAUAAAGAGUCUGACGAUGAUGAAGAAUCCGUAGAUGACAAAGAAUCUGAAGCUGAUGAUGAAGAAACGGUAGAUGAUAAUGAAGCCGAUGAUGAUGAAGAAACCGAUGCUGAUAAAGAAACCAAUGAUGAUGAAAUAGUCAUUGAUGAUGAAGAACCACAGACUGGCGAUGUUGAAGAAUACGAUGAUAAAGAUGUAGAAGAUGUUGUUGAUGAUAAACCCUCUGAAGAUGGUGCUGCCAUUGAUGAUGAGCCAACUGUUGGAAACGCAGAUCUCGAUGACGAACCAGUCGCUGAAUUAGCCGUCGAUGGUGCUGAUGCUGAAUCUGUUACACCCGUUCCAAUCGGUAAAGCUAUUCUCGAUUUCUUUGGAAGAUUGAUUGGAAAUUAA